AUGCAUAUCUAUUCCUCUUGUGGUUUGUGGAACUCAUCAGUUAGAAAGGGAUGGAGUUUUCUUGCUGAUAAAGCAAAAGGAGGUAGGUUACUGAAUUUGGAUGGAAGUUCAACCAUUGAGAAGCUAAAGUUGAUGGUUUCUGAUGACUUUGGAAUCGAUCUAACCCUGGUCAAUCUCGAGUUAAGCUACUUACCUUCUGAGUUGAUUAAUACUCUUGAGUCUCCUCCGGUUAUCAUCAGCAACGACCGGCAAGUUAAAAAAAUUCUAACCAAUGUGAGGACCAAACCUUCCACGCGCUUGUGUGUGUGUCUUCAGUCAAAGGAUGAGAAUCUCAAUAGGGAGGCACGUGGAAACUUGAAUAACCAAGCAUCUGGUGCGGCCAUAAUGGAGGGACAUACGAAUGAAAAUUCAGAUGUGAAUUCUGGUGAAACCAAUUUCGACGAACAAGACAUUGAGCGGGAUGAAAGUGAUGAUGAAAAGAUGUCUGACAUAAAGGGAAGCAAGGGAGAUAAUGUACGAUUUGCUUUGUUGGAUAUUGUGAAGAAGGGUCAACAUUUUAGCAGUAAAAUGUUACUAAAGGCGACAUUCGAAAUCUGUGCAAUGAAACAUAAUUUCGACUAUAAAGUCGUCAGAUCGGAUACCAAAAUUUGGUAUAUUCGUUGUGCAGAUGAAGAUUGCAGUUGGCGAGUUCGUGCAGAAGGGUUAAAAGGUUCUUCAUAUUUCAUUAUCAGAAAAUAUGUUGCUGAACAUUCAUUUGCUCCAUCAGCAAGAAACAAAUCUGUAAGGACAGCUUCAGCAAAAACAAUUGGUAAUCUGAUUAUGCAUAAGUACGAUGGUGUGAAGGCGGGGCCAAAAUGUAAUGAUAUCAUUGAGCUUAUGCGUGAUGAGCAUGGGAUCAAGGUGUCCAAGUCUUUAGCGUGGGAUUGUGUCCGAGGUUUUUACAGAGCCAUUCGAAAAGUUAUUGUUCUCGAUGGGACGUUUUUGAAGAGCAAAUUCAAAGGUGUUUUACUAGUUGCUACUGCUUUGGAUGGAAACUCAAAUUUAUAUCCACUUGCAUUUGGAGUUGUUGACUCAGAGAAUGACCUCUCGUGGAACUGGUUUAUGAGACAACUUAAAGUGGUUAUUGCUGAUGAGCAGAGUUUAGCUUUUUUCUCUAAUAGGAAUACCUCACUUGGUAAAGCUAUUGCAAACGUGCACCCUCAAUCUCAUCAUGGAAUUUGCAUUCACCACUUGCUGAAUAAUGUUGUAACUUAUUACCAUGGGAAAGGUUUGGUUGGUUUGGUUGCAAAGGCUUCUAAAGCUUAUCGAGUUGCUGAUUUUCAGAAGAUCUUUACAGAUUUUUGCUCGAUUAGUCCUACGAUUGGGAAAUAUUUAAUAGAGGCUGAUGUGAGAAAGUGGGCUCGCUGUCAAUUUCAUGGUUUUGGGUUUGAUAUUAGGACCAAUAAUCAUGUUGAAUUGAUGAAUUCUGCAUUGUGUUCGCCAAGGGAGUUUCCGAUCAUUCCUCUACUGGACAGCAUAAGGGAAAUGAUGACUCGAUGGUUUUUUGAACGGAGAACUCUAAGUUCUAAGAAUUCAAAGCCAUUGACCACAUCUGUGGAAAAGAAGAUUGAUAGAAGGAUUCAGAAGGGAAAGACGUUUACAGUUUACCCGAUUAACGAUUACCGGUUUCUGGUUCGUGGAGACAAAAUUGAAUGUAUGGUUGAUUUGGUGAGACGCACAUGUUCUUGUGGAAAAUUCGACUUGUUAAAGAUCCCAUGCAGGCAUGCCAUAAAAGCCGGUUUUAGUGUAGGCAAACAAGUUCACAGUCUGACUGACGAGAAGUACACAACCUCUUCUUGGAUCUCAGUUUACGAGGAAAGCAUAAAUCCGAUAAGUGUUCCUGAAGAUGCAUGGAUUGUCCCAUAA